AUGAGCACGUUGGGCGUGAUCAGUCGGGUUUCAGACGCGCCCUUGGCUAUGUCAGUCCCACAGACAGAGGUUUCAAUCCCAGCUGGGCCACGACCUCCGCGUGCUCCUAGAUCAUCUAGGCGCAGAGGGCGGGGUUCCGCAAACCGUGAAGGUCAACAACAACAACGACCUACAUCUGGGGUUGAGGGUCAAGCGACAACACAGACGCAACUGCCACCUCCUCAGUCCCAACCGGCUCCAGUAUCGCAACAGCCCAACUAUCAAAACGAUACGUCUCGCUCGCGGAAAGGAAUUCGAGAAGGGAGAGGACGGAGAAACCGGGGCAAUGCGCCUCCACGAGGACAGGGUCAAAAUGGCGGACAGGAAAGUCAAGAGACACGGCCACCUGUGAGAACUCGCGGCAUGAGAGCGCGCGGCUUUGAAGCUCAAUUAUCGCAACAUGGUCCGGCCUCGGAUGAUGGUGCGGGGCAUUUGAACGACCAUGCACUUAGGGCUGAUGUGCCGGAUUUUGUACCGGGUAUGCCGUCAGCAUCAGCUGGACAACCAUCAGGACAGUCAAAUAAAGGAAAGGGAAAAUCCAGAGCGCCGCCCCCACCGAAAGUCACUACCAAGUCAACGGCCGACGAUCUCGCCACACGAAUCCACGAAGAUAUCUCUCACAAUCUCGAUGCCAGGAUACUGAUUAUGAAAAUGGAUGGAGUUGUGGUGAGAUCUGUGGUGACUUACUUCCAUGUGGAGAACAUACAUGUCCUCUCCCAUGUCAUGAAGGCCUGUGUAGCCGUUGUGAAGUUCACAUUGAGGGCCGUUGUUAUUGCGGCAAGCUACAAACAGAAAUGUUGUGCAGCUCUCAGGACGAUAAAAAAAACAGUCGAAUCGUUCGGCAAGAUGGUUCGGAGGACGAAUGGACCGGCUGCUUUGGUUGUGGAGAUACUUGCGGUCGUCCAUUCGAUUGUGGCGUACAUUCAUGUCAGAAAGACUGCCACCCACAAGAUUCACACCCUGCCCACUGCCCGCGGUCACCAGAUGUCGUUGACCGUUGCGCUUGCGGUAAAACGCCGCUAUCUGAAAUUUCAGGAUACACACCUCGGAUAUCUUGCGAAGAUCCGAUUUUGA